AUGAAUUCUUGUCCUUCAAGAGACGGCGGCAGACUGAUGUUCACAUCAAACACACCCCAUUUUUUCAAGAUAAUUCUUGAUCAUCGAAACCUUUACAUUCCAAGAAAAUUUGUCAGACUCUACGGAAACAAUCUGCCAAAUUCCAUAGUCCUGAAAGUUCCAAGUGGUGCGAAAUGGAAAAUAGAAUUAACAAAAUGUGAUGGUGAGAUUUGGUUUCAGAAUGGCUGGCAAGAGUUUGUGAAGUAUUACUCUAUAGCUUAUGGCUCCUUUCUAGUUUUUCAAUUCAAUCUGAAUUCUGAAUUCAAUGUAACGAUAUUCGAUACGAGUACGUUAGAAAUAGAUUAUCCGUUAGAUAUCGCCAGCAGAAACAAUGCAGAAGUUAAUCUCACGAAAGAGAUUCGUCAAGAAACUGAAAGUGAUGUUUCUGUUGAGAUCUUGAAUCACAAAAUAAGAAAAUCACCAAUUUUAUUUCCUCAGCCUCCUAAUAAGAAAAUCAAGCUAGAGAUGUCCACAGGAAAUAGAGCAAAAUCAUUGACACCUCAGGAAAAAGCUGAAGCAAUUAAAAGAGCAGCCUCUAAUUUUAACUCUGAAAAUCCUUACUUCAUGGUUGCAAUGCAGCCAACUUUUCUUCACUGUGGUAAUAACUAUAGACUGACUUUACCAGCAAGCUUUGUGAAGAAUUUUUUCAACAAGCCGCAAGGCAGUGCUACACUUAGUACUGCUGAUGGAAAUUUAUGGUCUGUUGAGUACAAGUGCUACGCCUCGUCAGCGUAUAUUGGUCAAGGUUGGAGAAAAUUUGCAAUCGGAAAUAGUUUGGAAAUCGGAGAUGUUUGUGUCUUUGAACUGAUUGAUUGUGCUAAUACGAUAUUGAAAGUCGCCAUUUUUCGACAUAUCGAAGAAGCUGCCAAGAGCACAUCACUUGUCCCACCCAUGACUACCCCCACCAAGACCCACUUUACUUUGCCCUUUUUUAAUUCUGCUCAUCAUUAUUCUAAUUAA